GCCUCCAGUCAGGUCCACCACCGGAGAGACACCGAGGGCAGUGGAGCAGACGCGCCACACGCAGACGCCGGCUUUUUCGGAAAGCAAACCCGUUUGGAUGAAUUUUGCCGUUCGGCUGCUGCGCGUCGCCGGGCGGCUUCGGGCGCUCUGACGCUUGCAAAAGCAAUACGUCGGCGCGUAUGCAAUGCUGGGAAAAGGAGAAUAACCUUGCAUGCGGAAAGGAGGAGGAGGAGGAGGAGGAGUAGGCGAGGGAGCGACUGACGGGACUGGCAAGCUGUAGCUGCGGGAGCGUGGAAGAGAAGACGGGGAGCCCCGGCCAUGAUGACCGCCUGCGUCGAAACGCCGUGGUGGCCUUUGCUGACGGAGGGAGAAGGGGAAGCCAGCAUUUGGCCGCGACCACCGCCAGCCCUUGGUGCGACUCGGAUUGCAUUGCGGAUUGGAUGCUUCCUUGCUUUGCUUCCUGGCAGCCUCCUUUCGGGUCCAAAGCGGAGGCCGCCCGCUUUUGCCCAAUUUGCUGGGGCCUUUUGUGUCCCGCCUCACCGUCGGCUGAGCCCUCCUGCACUGAAUCGAGCUAUUGUUUUGGGACCCCCCUCCCCGAGCUUCCGCGCUGCAGCUCUUUUCUUUCUCCCCACCUCCCCCUUUUUUUUCGGUCUCUCUCCCCCCUCUCUCCUCCGCCUUCACUACUAAUACCCCCCUCCCCGACACACACACACACACACACACACGCUUUAGGAGCCACAACCGUUCGCCCUCUUUCUUCCUCAUGACUUCUGGAAGCUGGAGUGCCCAUGUAGUGUAAUGCAUUGUGGGACGUGUGUAACGCUGGCGCUUUCAAGGCGGGGAAAGGCACCGACGGGCCGCUUACUGGAUGGACGAGGUUAGGGCCAAAAUGUUGCUCGCCAAGCCAAGCCGAGCUGUGCCUGGAAAGAGACUGAUGUAAAAGGUGUUGGGGGCGGCGGGCGGGCGGGGAGGGAGUGCUGUGAACGAGCCGUGAGGCCUGCCCACCUCAUGCUGCUGUUGCCGCCGCUGCCGUUGCUGCUGCUGCUGCUCGUGGUGGAUUAGAUUGCAGGUAACCUCAAAAUGAAGAAGACCCGAAGUACCACCUUACGGCGAGCCUGGCCUAGCUCUGAUUUCUCUGAUCGGGCUUCUGAUCGCAUGAGGUCCCGCAGUGAAAAGGACUACCGCCUGCACAAACAUUUCCCACCAGCUUUCCUUUCCCAGGCAUCACGGGGCUACAUGACAUCAGGUGAUGUAUCUCCCAUCAGUAUGUCUCCCAUCAGUCAAUCACAGUUUAUCCCACUUGGGGAAAUCCUUUGCUUGGCCAUCUCUGCAAUGAACUCAGCACGAAAACAAGUCACACAGGAAGCACUAAUGGAACAUUUAACAACUUGCUUCCCAGGUGUUCCAACUCCAAGUCCUGAAAUCCUUCGCCAUACUUUAAACAUGCUUGUACGAGAGAGGAAAAUAUACCCAACUCCAGAUGGCUACUUCAUUGUGACCCCACAAACAUACUUUAUAACACCAUCUCUUAUAAGAACUAACAGUAAAUGGUACCAUCUUGAUGAAAGGAUACCUGACAGGUCUCAGUGUACCUCUCCACAGCAAGGAACUAUAACUCCUUCCACCUCUGGCUGUGUCAGGGACCGAACAUUACCCAAAAACCACUGCGACUCUUGCCAUUGCUGCAGAGAAGACAUGCACAGCAUGCAUGCUUCCACACUACAGAGAAAAUCAGCAAAAGACUGCAAGGACUCCUAUUGCCCUCCUUCUUUGUGCCAGGUGCCGCCCACUGAAAAAAGUAAAAGUACUGUAAAUUUUUCUUACAAAACAGAGACAUUGACAAAACCUAAAGAUGGAGAAAAGCAGUCUAAAAAAUUUGGGCUGAAAUUGUUUCGUUUAAGUUUCAAAAAGGAUAAGACGAAACAGCUGGCAAAUUUUUCUGCUCAGUUUCCUCCAGAGGAAUGGCCUUUGAGAGAUGAAGAUACACCUACCACUAUACCUAGGGAGGUAGAGAUGGAGAUUAUUAGGCGUAUAAACCCAGAUUUAACUGUAGAAAAUGUCAUGAGGCACACUGCACUAAUGAAAAAACUUGAAGAAGAAAAAGCUCAAAGAAGCAAGGCUGGCUCUUCAGUUCACCAUAGUGGAAGAAGCAAGAAGAGUAGAAGUCAUAGGAAGUCUCAUGGAAAAUCUCGGUCACACAGUAAAACUCGGGUCUCUAAAGGAGAUCCAUCAGAGGGCUCCCAUUUGGAGGUACCAGGUGAAAGAGAGUAUGAGUUCUAUGAUCCCCUCACAAGGUCCCCACGGGAAGGCUGCUUCAUAAUAGAACAUAAAAGGGACAACUUUAUCAUGCACAGUAGUCCAAACGUCCUUGAAUCUCACUUUCCUAUGACACCUGAAUGGGAUGUAUCUGGUGAACUAGCCAAAAGGAGAACUGAGAUGCCUUUUCCUGAACCUUCAAGGGGAAGUUCCCAUUCUAAAGUCCACCGAAGCCACAGCCAUACACAGGACCGGAGAUCAAGAAAUGAAAGGUCUAAUAAAGCCAAGGAACGAUCUCGAUCAAUGGAUAAUUCAAAAGGACCUCUGGGUGCUGCUUCUUUAGGUACACCUGAAGAUUUAAUGGAAGCUUGCAGCCAAGAUGACCAAACAGCCAGCCAAACAUACAUUGAUGAUAGCACCUUAAGGCCUUCACAGUCACUUAGUCAUCAAAGGGCUCUGAUCUCAUCUGCAAGCUACAAGGAUAUAGUGAAGCCUGAAAAAACUGGUGGCGGUGCAGAAACCCCCACUUGUAACCUGCUGGAACAAAGCAAGCCAGCAGAGAGUUUGCCACCUUAUAGUGAGCUCAACUCCUGUACAACAAAAUCAGCCAUUGAUGAUUACUUUCAGUGUAACACUUCUAGUGAAACUGUACUUACUGCUCCUUCACCUUUGGGGAAGAAUAAAGAUGACCAUGAUACAGUGACUUUGACCGAUAGUAUUAAAAAAGUAUCUCCCUCAGAAAGGCAAUCACAGCACAUAGCCAGGGAACCUGCAGCGCUCAAAGAGGAUUCACCAAAAGGGCCAAACAACAGCAGCGGACCAACUGCCACAAGCCAACCCUCUGAAGUCAUUGCAAAUGGCCGACUGGUCCAGCAUCAUAACACAGAAUCUAGUAGCCUUGAUAAGAGGAAAGAGAUAUUUAGCAAAGACACACUUUUUAAGCCUCUUCACAGUACUCUGUCUGUUAACAGUUUCCACAAGCCUAGUGUGCCACUAUUAAAAGCUCAUCAAAAGACACCUCCAGACACGUUGCCAAGCAGAUGUGACAAACUUGAACAAGCUAUGGUAACCUCAGCUCCGCAAGUCAUGCCUGCAUCGCAAAGACAGCAAGAGACAUCUGGAAACCAGGAAGCAGCCUUUGAUUAUUACAAUGUGUCUGAUGAUGAUGACUCUGAGGAAGGGACAAAUAAAAACACUGAAGAAGAAAAGAAUCGGGAUGAUGUGGGCACGAUGCAGUGGCUUCUUGAGCGGGAAAAAGAAAGAGACCUGCAAAGGAAGUUUGAAAAAAAUCUCACUCUCCUCACUCCAAAAGAAACUGAAAACAGCAACAACCAGCGAGCCACACAUUCAGCUAGACUGGACAGUAUGGACAGCAGCAGCAUCACAGUUGACAGUGGGUUUAAUUCUCCACGUACUCGUGAGAGCUUAGCUUCCAACACUUCAAGCAUUGUUGAAAGCAACAGACGCCAGAACCCAGCCCUCAGUCCUGCACAUGGUGGGGCAGGUCCAAUGUUCAGCUUUCGAGCAACUGCUGACCCUCCAACAAGUGAAACUGAAAAAUUGCAGAAACCUGCUAAUUGCCUGCAAGCAUCUGUUACAAGUGUUUGAUAAUGCUUCUGCCUCAGAUCAUCUGUCUCAUCCUAUACAGUAAAGUUUACGACACUGGGACCUAUGUUUACGUCUUUGGGAGGGAAAAAUAAACGGGCAUCUCAACUGCACAGGUUUUUUUAUCUGCGUAAACUGUGCUACUACAUAGGCUAGGGGCAACAAAAAAUCUUUAUUUCAAGGUAUUGCUUUUCACAUUUUGCAGCUCUGUAGCAACAGAAUAGCAGUAGGGAUAAUAUGUACACUUUUGCUUCACUUAAUCGUAACUGAGCACAUAUAUGAAAGUCUAGACACUGUAAGUGUAAUCUGCAUUUUCAAUGUCAUGCAGUUGCCAACUUCAUUUAAAAAUGCCACAGAUAUGUGAUGUCCCCUACCACUGAUUAAACUAUUUGCCACAGAGUUGAUUUUUUUCCUUUAUAAGCUGAGCCUUUAUUGAAAUCAAACUUUUAAGGGUCACCUUGAGGGAAAACAAUGCCAAAUGAGAAUAGGAAAGACCUCAGCUCUACCUGUGAAUUAUUUAUACAUCUGUCAUUUUCACUGUGAGUCUUCAUGACAUGAUCUUGCAAGAAUCCAUAGCAAAAGUAAGUCAAAAGAGAUCAUGUUUUAAAGAUGUGGGAAAAGGUGGGAGAUAAUGGAAAUAUUAUCUAUUUUUACCUUUUUUUAAUGUAUGAGAUGUUACUUAAAACAUAGUUUUUAAUUUCCCCUAGUUGCAAGCAGGGAUGUAAGCUUUUGAUGGUGAGGAAGGUAAAGCCUAACUUUGAUUGAGGGACGGACAUCACUAAGUGAUAGAAAAGGUUACAAACAGUUUUUUUGUCACUGUAGCUCAAGUUAGGUAGUCACUUUAAUGUAUCACUCCAGCUGUUACUCCAAAUUAUUAUUAAUAUCAAAAUAAUUUGUUUGAAUAAAGAACAGAAAAGCUCUUUGUGAUACAAAUGAUGAAUAAUGGCCUGAAGAGUUGAUUUCUUUCUAUGGAAGGACAUAUUAUAUUUCUAUUUUAUGUAGCGUUUAGAGUGCCUAAAUUAGGCUAUUGAAACUAGCGAACAGAUGUAGAGACUAAUAAACUUCAGGCCUUUUAUUUAAUUACAUUUCUUUGUGAGUCAGCACUGUAUGGAAAUACUUAGUUUAAAAAACAACAAUAUGAAUUCAAAUUAAAAUUGUCCGGAAAUAUUGUUAACAGAAAGAUUAUUUGUGAUCUGAGAGAAGACUAUAAACAAAUUCAUGUACAAAAAGCUUGCUAAGUUUUUCAUCAACAAAGGUAGUUCAAUAAAAAACACUACUUUAUCUCUUUGAUAAUUCUCACAAAGUUGAUAGCAGAAAUUCUGUAUCUACAGGUUUAUUAUAUCUAAUGUCUAUGUCCUGAAACUGCUAAUCCAAAGUAAUUUAUUAUUAAUAAAAUUAUUCUAGAUUAAUGUUUAGAGAGACCCACGAUUUCAAGAGCAAACUUGAAAAGUAUGAAGGGCCAAAUUCUGUUGUCAGUUUUUUAUGCAAUCCCAUAUUGCAGAAAAUUUGUUUUCAAACAAACAUAGUGGUGAUACAAGUUGAAAUAUGAAUACAAUAAGAAAUAUCAGAAGCAGUGUAAAUUGCUGUAUGCAUUGACAUUUACACUAUCUGUCUUUUGUUGACAUCCAGGUGAUAUGAUAAGCAUACCAUUAAAUACAGUAUUUUCAUCAGGUAUUGGUGACAAUUUGUAUAACCUUUUCAAGCUUCACUUGUAUUCUGUGUUGUCUUCUUUCUGAAGGUGCACACUCUUAUCUUAAACCAAUUUAAACAGCUUUCAGGUAUUUCUGAAAUAGCUUUAUAAAUGCUGGGCACAACUGGUUUGGUUUCUUUUACACGUGAAUAGGUUAUUCCUUUGAAAUGCAGGGGCUCUGGUACAUGUGCAGGGACUCAAGACAUGUGUAUUGACAUUCUGAACAAGCAGGCGCUAUUUUCUUCCCUUAAGUGUUGGGGAGCAAUCUACACAUGUAAUCCUGUUGUGCACAUUGAGCUUGAGUUCUAUUAAGAUUUGAGUUGCAACCUUUAUGUCUAGUUCAGUCACUAAAGGAGCAGGUCUAGAUGCUUUCUUAAUUACCAUAUACACAUUCCGUUUGUUGUGAGCUAAAGUUAGGACUCAGUGCAUAUAAUGGAGAUUAUUAUGCUGCUUCUUUGGUUAGUCAUUUGGCCUGCUGCCUUUCAAGCUAUGCCAUAAUAGUCUAGAAAUAAAUUGCCUGACCAAUCUUACUACUUACAUAUGUAAUUAUGGGAGUAUUUAAUACUUCCAGACUCCAGCCAUUAGGUUUCAGGGAGAAAAUUGCUGUAAAAGGACAGUAGCUAUGGUUUUUAUAAAUCUGAUUCAUGCUGUGAUAUUUAUGCUACUUACCAGUUCUCUAAAUAAAAUUGCUGAAAUGAUAUCUGAAAUUAUAGGUGAAAGCAAAAAUUAAAAUACAGUAUUAAAAUGUGAAUAAGGAAGGUAUUGCCAUGUAUGGGAAAUACUGUUCUUUUAUUAAAAUCAUUAUAUUUGAUAUAGAAACAGUUAUAUGAAAUACAUCAUUCCAAUGUUAUACAAUAAAUUAUCUCUCACCUUGCCAUGGAAAGGUUCCCAAAGACAAGCUUUAAAAAGGUCCUGUUAAUGUUGACAUAUCUAUUGGCCAUAAAUAUGUUUUACAUUUUGUUAAUAGUAAUGUGAUUCUUGAAGCAUGUAAUAUAAACAGAAGUUUUAAAAAGAAGCAUAGGAGAAGCCCAUUAUGAGAUUUUAAAUAUACACCCACAGCAGAUAUGGCAAAGGGUUUUUGUUAUUGACCACAAUCCUCAGUGUCCACAAGCAGCACAGCAAGUAGCUAUGCUUGCUCUAGGGUAUUCUGGGAGUUGGCUACAAAACUACAUUUUCUCAUCUCUGACCCAGAGAAAUGGAGCUUGAGUUUUUCUGUCACUGUUAUCAUGUGAUGAAAUCAUGAUAACCUUGUAUUAAUUACAUGGUUAUCAUCUAUCAUUCUAAUAACCUAUCAACUGAAAGGUUUACAAAACCAGAAUGCGUUGAAUCUCUAUAUUGUGUUCAACUUUAAAGGGUCAACACAAAUCUGUCGGCAUUUUGCACACUUGAUAUGUAUUAUUAUAAUACAACAUGUUACUUUUAUGGUAAAACUUUUUUUACACAUAUAACUACCUCCAUGAAUUUGAUGAAAUGCAGCAACACGUUUUUAAAAGGAUAUUAUUAGGAGCAACUUUGAAAACGUUAUGAAGAAAAAGGCCAUGAUGUUCUCUUGUGUGUCGGUGCUUGCAUACGAAGUCAUUUUUCAUUGCCAUGAUUUCCUGUUACUGUAUUCAAUUGGCUUUUGGCUUUAGUAGUAUGAGGUUUUAUACAAAGGUCAUAGAAUCUUUUAGAUAACCAGGAGGGGGGUUGUAAUUGUCCUUUGUCUUUCCAUUUCUGCUGAAGUUUCUACCAGACAGAAAGUCGAGUGUUGCUUGUAAUUUAGAAGCCUGUUAAUAUAUACAGUAUAUGGAAUAUGAUUGGCAGUUUGGGGCUUAGCAGAAGACACACCAGGCAUUUUAACUGCCUCCAUUUACACACUUUGGGCCCUAUUCUGCCUUCACUUACGGCAACAUAUCAUGCCAGAGUUUAGCUCAAAUAUUUAUGUUAUCUACCUGAAAAUGAGCCACUGGUGUGAUACGCUCCUUUUUCCCUCAAUCUUGUGCAUCUUGGGGACUGAUUACUAUGAAGUCCAGUCUUUGUCACACUCAAAUUAAUAGCAUGAAAUUCUGUAAGUGGUAGCAUUGACAGAAUCACCAAAUAAGAUGUAGAAGUUUUCCUUCCUUUAGAUAUUUAGAGGUUUUUUUUUAAAAAAAAUGAGGAGCAGUUAAGAAGCUAAUUGCAGAAGCAUAUUAAGGGGAUGAUGAAGAGCAUUGAAUGGCACCUGCGCCCUCAUGCUGUAAUUUUUAUAGAAGUAUUAGAUAUAUUUUACACUAUAUUCUAUUUACAAUUAGCUAUGCCAUCAUCACUCCUAUGGAAAUGAGAAACAGAAUUGGGAGACCAUAUGAAACCAAUUAUGUUUGGUUGUAAGAAACUUUUUAAUUGAUUAAAAUACUACUGGCUUUACCAUACCUGUGGCCAUGAUUAUCUUGUGCCUGAAAAAUCCAUAUCCUGCAGCAGAAUAAUCUAAAUUUUGCACCAAGAAAAGCCUUCUUUAGUGAAUUAUGCACAUUUUUCCUGCUUCUCCUAGCACAGGAGGAGUGGGAAAGACAGGAGAUCAGAAACAGUGCAUGGGACCUAACCACUGAUAGUCCUAUGGAGAACAAUUCUGAAGUUCUGAGAUUUCACUUGGUGCAUUUUUCAGUCUCUCUUUGUAGAGAUUCAGAAAAUGCUGACUCCAGAGUCAGAUAUAGUAAAUUCCACUUGUAUUGUGUUGUCAUGAACACACGGAAUGCUUGCAGCCUCAAAUGGCAAGAAGCAGAAUACUAUGAAACAGCUGCAUGAUUAUAAAGCAUUCUUGCCCUCAGUACAUCACCAGCAAUAGCUGUCAGUCAGGGGAAGUGCCAGCUACUUUUCCCUUUCUGCAAAGGGAGUAAUUUUUGGUAUAAACAACAGUUCAUGAUAGAGCUGUAAUAUGUUGCACUAAUAUUGUGCCUUUUGCUUGAGGAUCUCACAAUUUCAUGAAGUUAACUAUUGGAAGCAAUUAAAUAAGAGAAACAAUUUUGCAGUGGCUCUUACUGUGGUUCCAUCAUGCUUAGCUUCGAGCAACGCAACUGUUCUCACUAGUGAAAAGAACCAGGAAAACUUU